CAAGUUGACUCAAAAGGAUCUGUGAUAGCAUGUAGUUGUGUCAAUUUUGAGCUCUUCAACGUUAUCUCAGUUGCUCCGUCAUCAUUAGUUCCGUUCUUGAAUCCGGGCACUCGCUCCCCGAUUCCCCCCAUCCCCACCAGCCGACUCGCCGGAACCCUAGCUAGGCUUAGAUCCACCGUGUCGCGCGCGCGGCCGCCGCCAUGGCGACCCUAAAGGAUCUCCUCCCGGCGCCCAAGACGUCGGCGUCCACCUUCUACGACCACAGCAGCGACCCCUGGUUCAAGGAGCGGUACGGCGGGGAGUCGGCGCAGGCGUCGGCCGCAUCGAGGCCCGCGGGCGCCGCCAGGACCAUCCCUCCGUACGGGAAGCGGGCGGGGUUCGUGCCGCGCCGGCCGGAGGACUUUGGGGAUGGCGGCGCCUUCCCGGAGAUCCAUGUCGCGCAGUAUCCUCUCGGCAUGGGCCGCCGCGACGACAAGGGCGGGUCCAAGAUCCUCGCGCUCACCGUCGAUGCGCACGGGAGCGUCGCCUUCGACGCCGUCGUCAAGCAGGGCGAGAACGCCGGCAAGAUCGUCUACUCCAAGCACAGCGACCUCGUGCCGAAGAUCGCCACGUCCGAUUCGCAGGCGCCGGACGACGACGAGGAGGAGCAGAAGCAGAUCGAGGAGUCCACAGAGCGGACGAAGGCUGCCUUGGAGAAGGUCGUCAACGUCCGCCUCUCAGCUGCUCAGCCCAAGAAUGUGCCGACACAUGAUUCUGAGUCCAAGUUUAUUAAGUAUAAGCCGUCACAGCAAUCAGCGGCCUUCAAUUCAGGUGCCAAGGAGAGGAUCAUUCGGAUGUCGGAGAUGGCAGUGGAUCCUCUUGAGCCGCCGAAGUUCAAGCACAAGCGUGUGCCCCGGGCAUCUGGGUCGCCACCUGUGCCGGUGAUGCACUCGCCACCGCGGCCAGUUACAGUGAAGGAUCAGCAGGAUUGGAAGAUCCCACCGUGCAUUUCUAACUGGAAAAAUCCAAAGGGUUACACGAUUCCACUUGAUAAGAGGUUGGCGGCUGAUGGAAGAGGGCUACAGGAGGUGCAAAUUAAUGACAACUUUGCAAAGCUUUCUGAAGCAUUGUAUGUGGCAGAACAGAAGGCGAGGGAGGCAGUACAGAUGCGCUCCAAGGUCCAGAGGGAACUGAUGCUGAAGGAGAAGGAGAGAAAGGAGCAAGAACUGAGGGCUCUUGCACAGAAGGCUCGCAUGGAGAGGACUGGUGGCCCACCCGCGCCAUCAGCUGUGCCUGCUGGUGGUGGCAGGGGAGCAGUUGAUGCUAUCGAUGAAGAUAUGGAUAUGGAGCAACCACCUGAACCGCGUGAGCAGCGCAGGGAGAGUAGAGAAGAGAGGGAAGCGAGGAUUGAGCGUGAUAGAAUCCGUGAGGAGCGCAAACGUGAGAGGGAGAGAGAGAGGAGGCUGGAAGCCAAGGAUGCUGCAAUGGGCAAGAAGAGUAAGAUCACAAGAGACAGGGAUCGUGACAUCAGUGAGAAGAUUGCUCUGGGUAUGGCAAGCACUGGUGGUGCCAAAGGUGGUGAGGUCAUGUAUGACCAGCGGCUGUUCAACCAGGACAAGGGGAUGGACUCCGGGUUUGCCACGGAUGAUCAGUACAACAUCUACUCUAAGGGGCUCUUCACAGCGCAGUCUACGAUGUCUACAUUGUACAGACCUAAGAAGGACGGUGAUUCUGAUGUGUAUGGUGAUGCGGAUGAACAGUUGGAGAAGGUUAUGAAGACUGAGAGGUUCAAGCCUGACAAGGCUUUUACUGGUGCUUCUGAGAGGACUGGCAAGCGAGACAGGCCUGUGGAGUUCGAUAAGCAGGAGGAGAAUGAUCCCUUCGGUCUGGAUCAGUUCUUGACUGAGGUGAAGAAGGGAAAGAAAGCUGUGGAGAAAAUCGGAGGCGGAGGCACCAUGAAGGCGAGUGGUGGGUCCUCAAUGAGGGAUGAUUAUGAUGGAGGAUCUGGGAGGUCCCGCAUUAAUUUUGAAAGGGGGCGUUGAGGUCCAUGGGGAUUACACAAAGGAGGAUGUUGGUGGUGAAGCUUGAGAGGCCUGCUGAGGGAGAUGAGGCCGUGGUUGGCCAGGAGGCUGCAGCAGCUGAGUAGGAUAGUUUUGAUCACUUUUUUUUUUCCAUUAAUAUAUUUGAAGGAUAUAUGCGCUGUUACCUUUCUGUCUGAGAACUAGGGUGGCUUUAUCUUGGCGAUCUGGUAGUUCAUGUCUGGAAACAAGUCAUUCGUUUGUGGUUAUUUGGAUCGCAAGUUCUGGUGUCAUCUACGUGGUGUUUAGCUUAUUACCUGAGGUUUAGUUUGGUGAUUUCUGUCCAUGCUAGGUUCUGUGUGGUGAAUGCCUUAAUCAUGUUUGAGAGAUGGAUUGUGCUGUUGAGCGCUGAGAUGCUCGAUAUGCCUAUUGACUGUUA